UUCAUUUCCACAGAGAUACAAGAAAUGGCAUCUUUCAACAAAUUUAAAAACGUGCUAAUGUUGGCGUUUGACUGGAUCCUGUAUGGUGCUGGUGUUGCAGGUCACUGCCGAGUCGCUGUAACACAGCCCGGGUUUCAGCAAGCUGACUCCUCCAUGAAGAACGUGUCCCUAACCUGCUCCUUCUCUGCCUCUGGAUGCUCCUCGUCCCCACCUGAAGUUCUGUGGUUUCGUUUUUUAACUAAUACACAUCAGGAUUUGUGUACUCCUGGAUGCACAGAUCAUCAGAAGUAUAAAGUGCAUUCAUCGGGAAAUAACAUCUUACUUCAGAUAAAAGAUCUGACUGUAAAUGACAGCGCUGUUUAUAUCUGUGGAAUAGCAUUUUCAGACUCAGAUUCACCCCUUUCUAAACAAACAGGAGAUGGAACAGUACUAACAGUAACAGGAUCAGGGAAGCAGCUCAGCAAUGGAAAACUCAUCUCCAUGAUCAUCGCCUCGUCCUUACUGUUCCUGUACAGCUCUGCUGUGCUCAUUUCCUUUGUGGUCUACAAGUUAAAACCAAAGCUGCUAAAGAAAAGUGGAAAAGACCAGACAACAGAGAACUGUAAAAUAAAUAGCGGCCGGAAAGUUUUUCAAGCAAUUGCUCAAGAACUUCAAAAGCAGAGAUUUGCUCAACACUGCCAACAGCCUGAUGAUUUGGAAGAUGACACUGUUUAUCAGAACAGAUGAGCACAUGCAGCACUUCAGAUUUUUUCAACUCUGCAUGCAAAGGAGCAGGUGAGGAAGUUAAGCUUCUUCACAGACUUCCUUUGCUUUAAAGGAAGAGGAGAAAACCUUGCAGGGCAGUGUUCUUCGGGAGUAUUUUCUAAACAGAUCACCAGAACCAAGUGCAUUGUACCUUACAUCUGUGUUACAUAUUCCAUUUUCCAUUUACAAGAACCCAGGGAAAAGACUUCAUCUUUGUAAGAUAACUGCUGAUGUUUCAUAAAAGUUUCCUUUUUUUAGUUUAGAUUUAAUUCUGUCUUCUUUUUUUCUCUUUACAUAAACUUUUAUGUAAUCCUGUUACACGAAACAGGAUGUGAAAAAUGUUUGACAAUUGACAGCAACA